AUGUCCAUGGAUCUCGACUCAGUCGAUCUCAACCUCUCUACGGGUAUCACUCAACACCAUGAGCCAUACCCCUUCAUUGCAGCUCUCAACAAGCCCACCUCCCUCACCGGGCGCAUCGCCCUCGUGACCGGCGCCAGUCGAGGAAUCGGACGCAACACCGCUUUGGCCUUCGCAGCAGCUGGAGCUUCCGUCGCUGUCCUGGCCCGCACAGCCGCCGAUCUGGCGACCCUCGCCUCCGAGAUCAAGGAGAAAUACGGGACUCCCGUUCUCGCUAUCACCGGCGACGUUCUCGCUGACCCAGGAUCUAUCGUCUGCCAUGUUGAGGAAAAGUUGGGGAAGAUUGAUAUAUUAGUUAAUAACGCAGGCAUCUACCGCAUGUCCCACUUUCCCCAGGAGAAAGACAUUUCCGCCUACUGGCGAGUCUUCGAAGUCAACGUCAAGGGUCCCCUCUCCUUACUCCACGCCGUCCUCCCCGGUUUCCAAAAACGGGGGAAAGGGACAGUGAUAACGAGCAGUUAUGAUGCGAGUAAGGCGGCAGUGCAAAAAGGGAUUCAGAUUCUGGACAUGGAAUUGAGAGAGCUGGGGGUGCUGAAUUUCUUGAUUCAGCCGGGGACGAUGGCGACGUAUUUGGGGAAGGGCGCGGUGAUCGGGGAGGAGUUUGAGGUGUUGUUGAGUGGGUAUGCAAAGUAUAUGAUUGAUAGCAUCGACCUCCCGGCUCAGAGUAUGGUUGCACUUGCUGUCCUUGCUGGGAAUGAGAAGGAUAAGGGUGGUGAUGAGAGGGUAAAGAGGUUGAGCGGAAGGUACUGGGAUGUGUCGGACGACUUGGAGCAGAUCUUGGAGAAGAGUGCGGAGAUUGCAGAGAGGGAUUUAUAUCACUUGAGGAUCCGGAAGUUGUAGGAGCCAACAGCUGAAAUCGAAGGCAGAUAAAAGCAGGGUAGAGAUGAAAGCAAGGAACGGAUGAUGGCAUAAAUUUGAUGAAAC